UCAAAAUUUCCCACCAUCGACCAACGUCGUCUACUCACCUUACCUCCCUAGGUUCCUAAAAUUACAACAUGAGCAGCAAGCUCUCAGUGGCAAGUGUGCGGGGCUCCGUCAAGGAAUUGCUCACAGAGGCAACCGGCGAGAAACGCCGCAACUUUGUCGAGACCAUCGAGCUUCAGAUUGGCCUCAAGAACUACGACCCCCAGAGGGACAAGCGUUUCUCCGGAACCGUCAAGCUUCCCAAUGUCCCCCGUCCUCGCAUGUCCAUUUGCAUUCUUGCCGAUGCCGCCGACAUCGAUCGUGCUAAGCAGAUCGAUCUCGAGUACAUGUCCGUUGAUGAUUUGAAGAAGCUUAAUAAGAACAAAAAGCUCGUUAAGAAGCUCGCAAAGAAGUACGACGCCUUCUUGGCCUCUGAGACUCUCAUCAAGCAGAUCCCUCGUCUUCUUGGUCCCGGUCUCUCCAAGGCGGGCAAGUUCCCCACCCCCGUAUCUCACGCGGAGGACUUGGGUAUCAAGCUCACUGAGGUCCGCUCCACCAUCAAGUUCCAGCUGAAGAAGGUUCUUUGCUUGGGUGUCGCCGUCGGUCACAUCCAGAUGACGGAGGACCAGGUUCUUGGCAACGUCAUGUUGAGCAUCAACUUCCUUGUCUCUCUUCUUAAGAAGAACUGGCAAAACGUCAAGUCGCUCCACAUCAAGACGACGAUGGGCAAGCCCAUCCGUCUCUUCUAAGCGACGUGGCCUGUUUUCGAGCACCAGCUUUGGUUUCGUCUGUCUGCACGAGACGUCUAGGGGAUAAUUUGUGGUUCUGGAGUGAGGCGGCGGUCAAAACGCGGGCCGUAAUGCAUAACAUGAAGCCCCGCACGCUUAGACCAACGGCUUUCUGGGGUUGGGAGUCGAUUGGGAGCUGAUGCGGUCCGUUAUUUUGUCUGUUUCUUCCUUGCCUCUACAUUUUCUCUCCAUCUGUAGCACUAUUCGUCUUUCUUCCUGUGUAGGCUCGAGGCGCUGCUAUCGUACAUUGCAUACCCUACAUGCUGCAUGAUUUAUGAAAUCUCAUAAAACUGUAAACCAGC